UCCCCCGUCUGCAGAUGCACCGUUUCCCCUCGCGCCGCUGUUCCAGCUGCUGCUGCCGCUGCCAGGCCGCCGGUGUCUGUGAGAGAUCCUUCCUGCCCGCAGUCUACCCUAUUCAAUGUUGCUAUAACCAUGACAGGCAUCGCCGCUGCCUCCUUCUUCUCCAACACCUGCAGGUUCGGGGGCUGUGGACUUCAUUUCGAAUCCUUGGCCGAACUCAUCGUGCACAUCGAGGAUAACCAUAUCGACACAGACCCUCGGGUGUUAGAAAAACAGGAACUGCAGCAGCCCACCUAUGUGGCCCUCAGCUACAUCAACCGGUUUAUGACCGACGCCGCGCGGCGCGAGCAGGAGACCCUGAAGAAGAAGAUCCAGCCCAAGCUGUCCCUGUCCCUGACGGGCAGCGUGUCCCGCAACAGCGUGUCCACGCCCCCCCGGCACAGCAGUGGCAGCCUGACCCCGCCCGUCACUCCGCCCAUCACGCCCUCCUCCUCCUUCCGUAGCAGUACCCCUACAGGCAGCGAGUAUGACGAGGAGGAGGUGGACUACGAGGAGUCGGACAGUGACGAAUCCUGGACCACCGAAAGUGCCAUUAGCUCCGAGGCCAUCCUCAGCUCCAUGUGCAUGAACGGGGGCGACGAGAAGCCCUUCGCCUGCCCUGUCCCAGGCUGCAAAAAGAGAUACAAGAAUGUGAAUGGUAUCAAGUACCACGCCAAGAAUGGCCACCGAACCCAGAUCCGCGUGCGCAAGCCCUUCAAGUGCCGCUGUGGCAAGAGUUACAAGACAUCUCAGGGCCUCCGCCACCACACCAUCAACUUCCACCCGCCGGUGUCCGCUGACAUCAUCCGCAAGAUGCAGCAGUAGUGCCGGUCACAGUGCCAAGCGACCCUCCUCCCCUUUCUCUAGUGAGGAAGACUCCACCCCUUUUACGCUACACUACACUAUACUUUGAUUGCAUGCUUUAAUUACUUUAUUUUUUUUUCUCUCUCCUGUAUUUUGGAAUGAUGUAUCUUUGUAGAGUUCACGGUUUUUGUACGUUUGCACAUUCAUACCUAUCGUACUUAUUUUUCGUUACUUUUGAUAUAUGGUGCUAAUUGUGUAAAACAAAAAAAAAAUUAGAAAAAGGAAAAGGCUGACCUUUGGACGGUUUAGGCAGUAGAGUGAUGGUUCUCUCCUCGUCCAUGUUUGGUCAGGGUGUAUAAGUGGGGCAGGGCGUGAGGAAGGACAAAAUGGGAGUGUGCUGGAUGGGAGCUCAUGGAAGGUUGUGUAAUGAUCGUCAAGUGAGUCUAUAUGUCGUCUGAUUUGGACUCGCAGGAACCAAUCAAACUCUACCGGUUGAAAUCAGAAAGUCACUGACAUGAUCAUACACAAAUAUCCAGUUGAUGAAGCCUUGCUCUCCCGUUGCUGGUGGUUAGAUCUCUCUAGUGAGAAAAUCCUUCUCUGCCAAGACUCCAAUUCCAAUGCAGUGCAUCAAUGGAGUUAAACUUCAAGUUUAACAAAAAAGGAAAAAAACUGAAUGUUUGUAAUAUAAUAUGGAAUAUUACCUGAUAUAUAAAAAAACGUAGAUAUAUAUGUAUAUAUACACUUUCAUAAUCAAAAAAGUUAUUCUUUAUUUCCAAGUUUUAUUUUUUACUGUAUUUUACUUUUAAGACUAUGUUUAAGAGAGUUAAGGUUAAAAGAUUGCUUUGAUAUUAUCGAGUUCGGUUUUUUCUCUUCAGACCCAGAAGAUGACUUAGUUACGUUAACGCCAAACAAAAGAUCUCAGGUCAACAUUCGCCAGCGUUUCAGAACUGUAAUCCUGCCCAGAUAUUCCCACAGUAUUUAGCCUGAGCUGUUCCACGGUUACCUUUGGACUUUGACUGGAGUUACUUUUCAUGUCUGUCUCCAGACCCCAUCCUGAGGCAAUGGAAUGGUUUCCUUCAUCACCUGGGUGAAGUAUUUAAGCACUUUGUAGUAACCAGUUGCCAAUAGAGUUUGGAUGUUCCUCAUCGCCAAUGUCUCCAGACCGGCAGGACUGCAUGUCUGCGGUCGUGGAGAAAAGUCAGUGAAACCGAUCGUUACUGUAGAGGUACUAGUUAUCAAGGGAAAUUUUUUCGCCACGCCUUGUGUUUUUUCUCGUCCGUUGUGAGUCUGUAUGAUCUCCGAUUGCCUUGUAUUGUAGACAGCAGCAUUCCAGUAUAUUAUGCCUGUGUAGCUUCAUGGUGAAUUAUCUAGUAUGAUUAUUAUCGAUAGUAUUGUAAACAUUUCUUGCAGUGCUGGUAUGUAUUAUGGAGAAAGCUCCACCCACACUGUGUUACCAUCAGCACAACCUCCAUCUGGAGCCUGCUGUCAUCACAGCAGCACCUGUGUGUUCUUAAGGUACAUGUUUUUUUAUGGAUGUGGCUUACCUGCCUUGACCACACCCACAUUGUAAACCACACCCACAAAAGAGAUGGAAAUUAUUGUUACAGUGUAUUGAAAAUAGGCACAAAGAUGAAACAAAAGUAUUGUUCAGGCAUUCCAGAGACAGUCUGUUUCUACGUUUUUGACCCAUCUUGGGCAUGUAGGAACAGCUGUCGAUAGCAUUUAGACUUCAUUUCUGUGCAGAGCAGUCCGGAGCACUCAGUCAUGCCAACACUGCAUGGAUUUGAAUAUUGUAAUGGAGUUACAGUUUAUAUUUAGCUUAACAUUGUGACAGUAUUAUACAGCAGGUAUGGAGGGGACUAUUUUGAUAUAUUGUGUAUAGUGAAUGUAUCGUCAUGUGUCUGUGUAAGUGCUUUAAAUUAUAUUUUCGUAUGUCUGUGGAAAACCACGUUCCCAAUGUGUAUGAAGGCAAACUGAGGUUAUGUUUUGGAACUGAAGGUGAUUUACUAUGUCAAACUUGCUUUAAAAAAAGCUGCUUCAUAAAUGUAAAUCUGAUUACAUUUUAAAGAUUAAAAAUGCUUCUGCUGA